UCAAAAGAGCGUGUUAACUGCUCACCAAUUGGUGAGCAGAUUAUUAAAGUGCCUGGUCUGCAGCCAUCUGAAGGGCUUUGCAGUGGUGGCCACCACUGGAUAGUAAUUCAGCGACGUAUAAAUGGCAAAGAGGAUUUCCAGAGGGAUUGGAACACUUACCGUGACGGCUUUGGAUCCUCCGAUGGGGAUUUCUUUUUGGGUUUGAACAAGAUCCACCAAAAAACACACUCACAGCGACAUGAAUUGUAUUGUUACAUGGAAACCUAUGACAACACAUGGUACGCCGCUCGCUAUGACAAUUUUCGAGUGGGAAGCGAGGCUGAUCUAUUUGAGUUGCAAUCGUUGGGUGAAUAUACUUGGACUAACAUAAAUGGGGAUCAAUUGAGAGUAAAUGAACAUAUGAAAUUUACAACUUACGAUCGGGAUAAUGACCAAUGGACGGAUGGUAACUGUGCAAAUGUUAUCAGGAGUGGAGGUUGGUGGUACACUAGAUUUUGUGGUUGGUGCAACUUAAAUGCAAAGUACUUUCCAAAUGAAGUAUAUGAGAGUAAGGCUAUACAUUGGUAUGCUUGGAACACACUUAAAAAGGUUCAAAUGCUGAUUCGUCCUAUUUAGAAUCACAAUUGGUAAUCCAAUUGAUGAAUAU